ACGUGCACACGUACCAUGUCUUCGGGACGAAUCAGCGCGGGAUCACAGGCCUGGCUCAAAACGUCGUAGUGGGACUACUUCUCCGAGACCCCAAAUCUGGUCGGGCCCGGCUGCAUAUCGACGGUACCGAUAACCAUGAACUUAUUUCGCGACAUCACCGUCUCCCACAUGGGCAGGCCAAAUUGCAAGUUAAACCACAACCGAACGAAAGCGCUCACUGCGUGCAACUGAUAGCCAGCGCUAUGUACAGAGGAUGGGGCGUUUUGCGUUUUUUUUUUGCGGGAUGCCUUUCACUUUUGGAAAUUUUUCGUACGGCGUAAGUUCUCGAGCCGGUGUUGUUGUUGUUUUUCCUGCACGCGACUCGAUUGAAAAAUUAUUACCAGAAAGUUUUUCAAGGUUAUGCUUUCGAAAUUCUUGCCUUCACGGGGCCUCGAGUGGGGCGUCGCAUCGGAUCGUGUACGGAUCACGUUCGUCAUCUCGUCCAUUCACAGUUACGCGAACCGUUACACGAUCAGGAUCGUAGCGAUCGUAGCACCAUGACCAACUCACAGAUAUUUACUCCGACCUUGCCCUACGUUGGACGACUGCCUGGCGAGCUACGGUAUGGGGCAAGAAUUAAGUUACGAGGUCACUUCCGUGAACCGGAAAACACCAUCCACAUCAUACUGCAAAAGGAAGCGUUGCUGAAUCCACAGGACGAUCUACCGCUGUACAUAAUGAUUCAUCCCGGCCGGAAGGAAAUCGUCCGUAAUCAUCUGUGCAGUGAUUGUUCCAGCGGGCAAGUGGAACGUGUCGACAACUGUCCGAUCGAGUGUGGUCAGGAUUUCGAGCUUACGCUAGUGCCUUCCAGUGGUGGUUUCGAAAUUCUGCUCCACGGUUCCCUGCUCCAUACAUUCACCUAUCGUACGCCGCUUGCAACUGCCCGCUAUCUCUUCGUUUCCAGUGGCUGUGUAAUUUUUGCAAUUAACUACGAAAAUUGGAAUGUGACCACGAGUGAACAACCGCACCGGCCACAAACACCAUGUGAGACGUUUAUUUCUUUACACCAUCAGAUAACGAUUGCGACUGUUGGCGAAUCGGUGUGGAGGGACAAUUAUUUUUAUUUCUUUGUUUUUUUUUUUGCAGCAGCACCUCCACUGCAAGCACCCCAACUCUACCCAACAUUGGAAAAUGAACCACAGCAACAGCAGCAGCAACAACAACAGCAUCACCAACAACGAUCGAUACACUUUCAGCAACAACGUGCCCAAAAGAAUCAUCACCAUGGUAACAAUCUCCGGGAGCUUGUACUACAGGUGUUACCCCUUGUGCAACUUGCUGCAUCUCAGCUGCAAGCGAACGAAAACAACACUCCCACCAAUGGUAACGAUGGUAACGGUUUGCGAAUUGCCAAUAACCUUGCACACCUACUGCCACUGUUUCAACCGGCUGUGGAACAACGGCCAAAGCGCAUCAAAACGCAACGAACAAACCGGUGGUCCUUUCCGCGAAUGUGCAAUGCCGAAAUAAUGCCGGCCAUGUUUCUGACAUGUUCGAUGGGCCUGAUGAAACUGUUUCGUUUCCUGACCAUUGCCUUCGUAUUUGGAUACAUUGGUUAUGUAUUUUCAAGAAACACACCCUGGAAUAUAGCAUGGAAAUGAAAAAAAACCAUAAUUACUAACAUAACCACCUCCACCAAUAAGCAUCGCACAUUGUGUACGAUGGCGUACAAUGUCUUGACGUAUACUAAAAUAUUUUUCUAAACAUUAAUAAAAACCUGAUUAUUAUUAACACUAAAAUCAA